ACAACGCGGUUAACAGGGGCAUUCUAUUGGAAGGGAUUGGAGGUCUUAUAUCUGGUGCUGUGGGUGUCGGUAGUGCCACAACUUCGUACAGUGUAAACAUUGCCGCAAUGACACUUACCAAGGUGAGUAAAUUUACAGAAGGGUUAAUAUCUCGAUGUGCUCAUGUCGCUAUUAUACCAACCGCAUUUGAAAUAUGGAAUAUGUGAGUGAGGGGUUUAACGCCGCUUUGAACAGUAUUCAAGUUACACCACGGCGUGUCAGCUUAAUGUGGGACCGAAAAGAUAGAGCUCUCUGACCGAGGUGUUACAGCUCUCUGACCGAAGUGUAACAGCUCACUGACGUUUACCACUUUAAUGAAAGCCACGAGCAGGGGUAUUAUGAUAACAAACCUCGAACCAUAAUCGGGGUGAACCGGGAUUCGAAUCAAUGAUCAUACGUUUCUGGUGUUUCCAAGGGACGUAACUCUGCACAGCGUAUCGCGGUGCCUCAGACGACUAGGCCCCUCGUGCCCCCUUGAAAUACAGAGGGUAGGUGGGAUGUUACUGAGGGAUUUGGUUAAAAGCAAGGAAUAAUAAGAGCGCUUUGUGUGCCACAGGAUCUACAUAAUUUAGGAAAUGGGAAAAAGUUAUAUAGUUUAUGUGUGGAAGUUAUCAGAUACACUGAUAUUCAUUAUAACCUCUGCCAAAAGCAGAGUCGAUUGUACAAUGCCAGUUAUAUUCCUCUUGUUACCUGAAUAAAUUCACAGAGAUCCAAUACAGAGAAAUAGUGUUUGCAGGUCAAGCUGAUGUGCUUACACUGAUGUACGCUGAUGUCAACAUCAUACCAAACGCACGGAUGUUAUCAGGAUAUAAAUAUCUUACAUCUCGUGAGCAUGUCGUUUUCUCUCUGUAUACACGUGUACCUGUAUGCUCCGUAUUCUGCAAAACCUUUCUGUCCCUCAAAGACUGCCAACAGGUACAUCCUGCUCUGUGCUGGAGUCAUCAUGGUCCUGUUCUCAGUCGUGGGGAAGUUCGGUGCAGUCCUGGCAACCAUCCCCGAUCCGGCACUAGGAGGCGCCCUGGCAGUUAUCUACGGGAUGUUGGUGUCGUUAGGUCUGUCCACUCUGCAAUAUGUCAAUCUCAACUCGCCAAGGAACCUUCUCAUCCUCGGACUGGCGUUCUUUGUAGGCAUCCUUGUCCCGGAAUGGAUCGACAGGUACCCGGAUGUAAUCAACACAGGAAGCAAAGAAGCAGAUAGCGUCCUGAAAGUAGCUCUUGGAACUCCUAUGUUUCUUGGAGGUGUAAUUGCAAUAAUACUGGACAAUACCACAAGAGGGUCCAGGAAAGACAGAGGAAUAGAUGCGUGGCAGGUACGUGCAUGUCAGAACGAAGUUACAAGCGGCAUGGAUGACAACUCUAACUCUACAACCUAUGACUGGAGCUGGACAACUGCCCUCUAUCAGUAUCUGCCGUGUUGCUCACAACUGCCGUUCAUGCCGGCGUAUGAUAAGCAUAUUGGUGGCACCGUCGAAAACGCCAACAUUCCGAUGAUCAUCUUCAGUCACAGUGAUUAGCUAUUUUUUUAAAUUGGAAAGCUUUCAUGUUCAUGUUUGUGUUUUGAUUUUUGUAAGAUGAAUUUCAAAUUCGGGUUUAUGGUGGUUGGGGUUGGCUUUGAGAGAGCACUUCUCUACAUAAGAUUGUUUUGUCCCUGAAUGAAGGAGUCAAUUUAAAAUCUUCUCUUGUUUCAUUAAUAUACGAAUA